CAUUUUUUAUUUUUACUUUUUUUUAUUAUUAUUAUUUUUUCUCUCCCAUGUUUUGUGUCUCCGUCACUUCCGCUUUCACUUUCUCUCUCCCUCUUGGAGGAGAGAAAAGGGGAGGAUCUGUUUGGUUGGUUGGUUGGACUUUUAGUGAGAAACUUUAGAGAGAGAUAGAUAGACUAGACCUUCGAGGGUAUCUGUCUAUCUCCAUUUUUUUUUUUUUCUUUUUGGCUGCGCUUCUCUUCAAAACCCUAGUAGCAGUGGGUUAACACCACCACAAAAAGCUUCGGUCGCGAUCCAUAUUUGGACCCAGGAUCCAGAGUUUGGAGUCUUUAAGGAUCAUAUAAACAAAGCACUUUUGGAAAUUCAAGGAAUUCUUUUAAAAUUUGUUCUCUUUAGUUCAUGAAGAAAAUUAUGGCUGUUGAUAUCUAGAUCCAUCAGAACUGCAUGGCUUUUGUUAGAGUUGCUCUGUAUUCAGUCGUCCUGCUGCAAUGAUCACACAGUCAUAAGUGUGCAUAUUUAAUAGAUAUGCAAUUAACAUUCUUCACUCUAUAUAUCUGUAACUUGGUUGCUUUAGCAGCCUGCAGAUUUUGGUGGAUGGAACUAUUUCUUCAAUACUUGGCUGUCAUUAGAUUCUGUUUUUGAGGUCCUAUCGACUACCUAUGGAUCACCAUGAUUUGAAGGCAAGUGAAAUAGAAAUUAAUGCUGGGAACCACUGUUCUCCUAGAAAACACAGUCUAUUGGAGAAGACAAAUAGCUUGCCUGAUUUCUGUGUAGGAUUAACUGAUGCAAAUGUUGGACUACAAAAACAGGGGCAUGAAUUUGACUGUGAAACAAGUGAUUGUAAGGCAGAAAAGCUGCCAGAAAUUGAAAGGAAUGAUCAUAUCUCUUCCACAGAUUGUGCACAGAGAAAUAUGGAUGAUCUUUGUUCAGAGGGUGGUCAACCCCUUGACAAAAACAUACAUGACAAAAUGAAUGGGUAUUGGCUGAAUCAGCGUGAAAAUGGACUGAAGUUUGUGAUGCAAGCAGUGUUCCCUGAUAAGCAAUGCAAAACCGAGUCUUCUUCUUCUAAUUCAACCCAGGUUAUUCUUCCGGCUUCUUCUAAUGAUAGCUGUCAGGAAACUAAUGCAAGCAUAGCAAGCAAGCAUAGCAAAACUAAUGGAAUGGACACUUCCACUUGCACUGACUUCAGGAGUAAUCUCAAAGAGUCUGCAUUUAGAAGCUCACCACCUGGUAUAGCAAUUUAUGCUCCCAAAGCUGAGCCAGAAACUAGCAAAAUUUUACCUGGAAAAAUUUACAAUUUGGUUGAAGCUUCUGAAACCCCUGAGAGUUUUAGAGCAAGGAAUGCUGGUAAGGUGCUAGGAAUGAGUUCAGACAAUAACUAUGGUAAUAUGGAGGAUGCUGAUCUUCUGAAACCUGAUUUGUUUAAGAAGCAAAAUGUGAGGCUUGUUAAUCAAGGUAAACCAGAUGUUCUUUAUGAGAUGGAUGAUGCUGUGGAUGUCGCACGAAGAGUGGCUAGGGAAGUUGAGCAAGAGGUUGAGGCUUCAGGAAGCACCUCUUCUGUACAAGGGAGAAAUAGUGAGACAAUUCACCAGAGUUUUGUUGAUUCUGCAGAUUCCAGAAGAAAAAGCUGCUUAACCGAAAACGGAUCUGUAAUCCAGCAAGGCAAUGGACAAGACAAAUCUAUCAGUGUCUGUUCUACAAAAGACAUGGAUACUGAAGUGGCUCACAAAGGUAAUGAUGGUCACCACAAGCAGGAGUUAUCUUAUCUAACCAGGAAAGCUGAAAGUUUAACCUCAAAUGAACAUACCAGUCAUCAUUCUAAUCUUGAUCUUAAUGAAGAUAUUUUGCAAUAUGAAGUUGAAUACCCUGAACAGUCGGUUAAAGAAGUAGUAUUUAAUCCUGCAGAAAGUGUGUCAAAGCCAAUACCUGUAGUGGCCAAAUCUGGAGUUUCAUUGUGCUUACCCAUGUCCCAAGUACUGAAAGAAGGGGAACUAGGUUGGAGGGGAUCUGCUGCAACCAGUGCCUUUCGGCCAACUGCUGUUUCCAAGAGUUGGAUAGGAAGUAAGGCAUGUUCUGGUAAUGAUAGUGCAAAACAUUCACCCUUUAAAGGGAUUGACCUCAAUGUUGCUGCUAUAGGAGUUGAAUUUGGAAGUGAAUUAUGUCAAGAGAAAUCCACUCCAGAAAAGUCUAGUUUCCCCCCAAAUGGGUCUUCUAUGGAAGAAAGUUCUAGUCAAGCAAGAAGAUUCAGUUUCGAUCUCAAUUGUGUUAGUGAAAUUGACAACUGUCAGGAAUUGUCUCCGCCAACUUCAUUAUCAAGGAAUUGUGCAAGGGAUUUUGAUUUGAACAACAACCCAGCUUCUGCAGAUGCAUCUGUUUCUGCUUCUCAGCCUGGUGAAGGCACCAAAUCCUUGAGAAAUAGCGGAUUAGAUUGUCCUGCAGUUUUUUCAGUGGAGAAUCAAGAACAACCAGAAUUUAGGAGCUUCAAAUCUGCUUUUUCUGCAGUCAAUCCGUUUCAGGUUAGCCAUGGUCAUGCCCAACCCUUCCUGCUAGAUGCAUCCAAUGUGCUCAAAUCAAAUGAGCAAUUGCAGAGAGUAACUGUCCUGCAACCAAAGUUAAACUAUACGCAACAACCUCCUCAUGCUUUCCUCUACAGUAAUGGAUUCUGCAUCGACCCAAAGAACAGCCUACCUCCUACUCUUUACGCGCAAGGUGUCAUGCCAUACUUAACAGAUCCACAUGCAACCACCAUCUUCCCACAAGUAUUAGGUUCUGCUGCUCUUUCUGCCUUUUCCAGGUCCCAACAUGUUGUCCAGGUUCCUGAUGGAUCAGGUCCAAGCGAUGUUGCAACCGCAAGGCCAAAUGUUGAUCGUUACAAUGGGAUGAAUGCUAUGGAUAGUGGAAGCAGAGGUGCAAAUGCUAGACAACUAAGUAUUCCUUUAAGUAGUUCAACAGUUGAAGAACAAAUGAAGACUUUCCAGCAAGUUUCCGUCUCUGCUCCACCGGCAAAGAGGAGGGAACCAGAAGGGGGAUGGGAUUCUCAUCAGGUUUGCUUUAGACAAGUGGCUUCUUGGAAGUAGGUUGUCCACGUUUAUCACCAUCAUCUGAUUAAAGAAUUGCAUGCGAGUCAGAAACUACUAUAAGUGAAGGUAUACAGCUGUUUUGCUAUCGUAGUUCAAUUGUUUAACCUGACUACUUGAGUUACAGAGUCAGAGAACUGGCAUUCAUAAUAUGGGUUAAGAUUAUAUGUUUUCCAUGUAUUAUUCUUUGCCAUUUUGAAUCUAGACGUCAUUUUUAUGCUGUGCUUAGUUCUUCCAGAAGCUUCUGUACAUGUUAAUUCUAUUUAUUUCAACGAAUAUAACUCAGUAACGAUAAGGUUAUGUUGGAGAAAUAUGAUUCCUACUGUUUCUAAUGAAUGAAUGUUCUUGUA